UGCGAUCGCCGUUCGAGCGGUUUGGUCUAUGCCAUGAGAGAUCGUUCCGUGAAACUAUUCGUUGUUUCUCACUCGGGUACGAUUUGAUAACGUACGUUUUUUUCUUUUUCCUUUCUUUCUUCUUUUCUCUUAGACAUUUCUCUCAUAGAUAUCGAAUAGUCUGUCAAAAUAAAAGAUAAUCGUACGCGUAAAGAGUUCGAUGCUUAUUCAAAUUACUUUUGAAAAGAUGUUACCGAAUAAUAGAAGAUAGUGGUGUGCAAAAGCGAUCCACCAAGAUGAUUAUUUCAACAAAACUUUUAAUGUAAAGAGAAAAAGAGAGAGAGAGAGAGAAAGAGGAAGACUGAUAGAAAAAAGAAGAAAGACAGAAAUAUAAAGUGAAAUAAAAAGAAAUCGAAGAAAAACGAAAGGGCAUAGGAGGUUUAAAAGACCGUAGUCACGGUCUUUUUAAGAAAUGGGCAAGAAGGGCUCCAAGCGGAAGACCCGAUGGAGAACCCUAAGUAUUGGUGCUCCGCCAGUAGAGGAGGACGAAGAAGAAGACUUACGAAAUGGAUACGUAAAAGGUCAACAAAAUGACACAAGCUCUCAUAGUUUCGAUCGAAACGGACAGACUGAGUAUAAAUCAAGAAGAAGCAUCGUUGGAUCCAGUGGUAGCAGUGGUUAUGCAAGUGGAACAUCCAGAUCGAGAAGAGAUGACUCUACAGGGUCUCUGUCGCAACCUAAAAUUAUAUUUAACGAGGAUGAAUAUGCAAGGAUUAGUACACCUAGACAAGAUGUCUUAUUCAAGAAGGGUUAUCUAUCCCGUAAAAAAACAUGGACUGGUAACGCCAGUACCAGCGCUACCCCAUCAACCACUGAGAGUCAAUCAGCCUCGCAUUCAACCGCAGGUAGAGAUGGUAGCGAAACAACAGAGGAUCAACAAUUAUUGGAUAGGGAUAGUGCAUCUGGUGAAUAUCCUCCAGGAGUUGAUCCAGCUGCUCAAGUUGGUUACGGGACAUUUUAUGAUCACGCUAGCGGUUAUUAUUAUGAGUAUCCAGUGAUGUUGGUAGGACCUGCACCGGUUCCUGCUCCAAUUGGACCUAGCAUUCUUGCAGCUUUGCCAUGUACUUCAGUACCUUUGAGACCGAUUGAGUGGAUCAAUCCAGCCUUCGUACCAAAACUAUCUGGUCAAUCUUAUUGUAUAAUGGACUCCAAUGAUAAUAAUUAUCAGAGUGGUCAAAGUACAGAAAGUCAUCCCGUGGUAAUAGAAGAACAUGGCAAUGAAUUAGUACCAGUAGAAAAUUCUAAUGGUGUAUGGAACGGAAGUGUUACUGGAAGUGCAAGUUGCAAUGGAAGUGUUGCAGAGGAGAUGGAAGAACAACAACAACCACAACAACAAGAGCAGCAACAAAAACAAGAACAACAAGGGGAAGAAACAUACGUGACGACAGGGGAAGUGGUGGUCAAAGAGGAUAAUCGAACAGAAGAGCUUUAUGGUGUAGCGGAUCAAUGUCCAAUGAUAGAAGAAAACAACGAUGAUGGAAAUGGUGGUGGUCCUUAUCUUGAACCACUAGUAAUGCAGCAAGCACCUGUAUACCACGUGCCACAUGUGAUACCAGCCAUACCACAACCAUAUAUGUAUCCUGGUCACUACAUGUUCGGCCCACCACUGGUCAACGUUAAUGGUGUAACCAUACAAGGAGGACCAAUGAUCAGAACAACAGAUGUUACAAGAAUGACGACUGCUUACAACAAACGAAGAAAGAAGAAAAGAAGUAGAAAGCAAAGAAGACUCGCGUUGGUUAAUCAUGAAGAUGAUGAAGAAGAUUACAGUUCCGAAGGAGAAAGUGCUUUAUCGUCUUCUCGGACAUCUUCUUGGUCUACGUGUCCAGCUCUGGUCACAACAACAACAAUAACAACAACCACAGCAAUGACAACGACGACAACGACAACAACGAUGACAACGACGACAACGAGGACGACGAAUCGACCCCUUAAUCCAGAGUGCGAAGAAUUUCAACUUCGUCCAGUCGUCGAACGUGAUGUUUUACCUACGUUACAACCAUCAUCAUCACCAUCACCAUCAUCACAACAACAACAACAACAACAACAGCAGCAACAACAACAAGAACAACAAGAAGAACAGCGUAUCUCUGAAAAAACUGAACAAUUACUUCGAAUAAGUACGAUUACCGAAGGAAUACGUGAGAACGGUAAUAAUACUUCUUAUGAUACAAAGUAUAAUACUUCCUGUAAGGAUAUGAACAACAAAGAAGAGGAGGAAAUGGCAAUAUUGAAUGAAAUUCACGAUAAGAAUUUGAAAUCAUUCGUGAAAGAGUCGUCGUCAUUGUCAUCGUCGUCGUCGUCGGUAUCGACGUCAUCUAACAAUCAAGUUGACUCUUUGACUAAUCCAGAGAAUAGACUGAUCAACUACCUCUCUGAUAAUAACAAAGUCAACUCAACGAACGAGGAGAUUACAGACUACGUAAUUAACGACGCAAGGACUGAAAGUAAAGCGUCGUUCUUAAGGACUGAUAUUAAGGACGUCCCUAAUAAUAGUUCGUUCAGUGCCAAUGAAUUAUCCGAACGAUCUAAUAGCGACGUUAAUAAGACAUUUUCAUCAAAAUUAUACGUUGAACAUGAUAAUGAAAUAUUAGUAAAUGGCCAACUAUCUACGAACGAAGAAAAAGAAGAAGAUAAUAUUGAUGAUGAUACAGAGAUAAUGAAUCAAAUUCCAUCUCUAGAAAAUCGUACCUUGAUUUCUAAAACAGUAACAACGUCCUCAUCAUCAGCAUCAACAUCGGCAUUGGCAACAGCAUCGUCGUCGUCGUCAAGAUUGUCGAGUCAAUUGGAUCCUGAGGAAGAAACGAUAGAAACCAAAUACGUUAAUACUCGACAAGAAGAGUUGCAAAAAACAUCCGAAUCGUUGGAUACUGCGAAGGAUACAACAACGAUUUUAUUAUCUACGAAAAAGAAGUACAAUUCGAAGGGUACAAAGUUAACAAGAGAAUCAACACCCGAUCCAACUAACUCAAAUAAUAAUAAUAAUAUUAAUAAUAACAAUAGUAAUAACAAUAAUAAUAAUAAUAGUAGUAAUGGUGCUGCUAUUGGAGUCGAAUGCGAGAGCAAAACAGUUAUUUCAUUUGAUACCAUCGAUAAUAACGUUGACAACGCACAACAACCACCGACACUUUCAUUACCCUUCGAUUCGGAAUCCGUAUCUAUUAUUGGAAAAGAUAAUAACGAAAUUGAAGUGGAAGAUCGUGUGUCGAGCGAAUCCGUAUUUGAGACUACAAGAGACAAUGUCGAUAAUAAGACUGUUAGCGAAGACAUCGCCGAAAAUUCGAACGAUGAUUCAGGUUUCGAGACCCAAACGCGUCAUCCCGAAUAUCGUAUUACCGAAGCCGUAACCAAAUGGUUAAGAAGAGCUAACUCACCCGACGUAUUUAUUAAAACAUCAUCGAUUGUUUCGGACGAUAGCGAGGAUGAAAACGAGGAUGAUUUCGACGAAGAGCCGCCAAAAAACUUGCAAGGCAACCCCAUACCUGCACUAUCUUUUAAUAGCAAAGCCGAUGAUGAUCAAUCAUCGUGCAUGGCUAGCUGCAGCGAAUUCGCAAAGAUUAAUAACAACAUUGAGAACGAUAAAGAGCGCAACAAUAAUUUAUUAUCAGCAGUUAAUAAAAGGAAAACAGCAACAACAACGUAUGUUCGAGGUAUUAAGAAAAUAUCAAGAGAUAGAUUCGCUAAACAUGUUGUAAAUAAAAAUGAUAAUAUUCUUAACACCAAAGCUAGACUUUCUUCCUUCGAUUAUUCUUGUCAACAACAACAACAGAAAAAGGAGGAACGACAACAAGAAACAGAAGAAUUCACAAGAAAAUUAAGAAAAAAGAAUCUGCUGAAAACAAAUGUUGCUGCGGGAGUUUGCGAAUUUGUUGAGAAGGAUAGUGUUGCGGGUAUGAGGGUUGCUAACAGCUCUCGGAUGAAUUCGAAAAGAAACAACAUCAGACGUGGGAGAAAAACAGAGAAAAUUCAUAAAAAACCGGCUGAAAGUAUGAACGUUAAGAUAAGAUAUAUUAAUGACGUUGCUGGUAUGGAAGAUGAAGGAAUUGCAGAGGAGGAUACUAUGAAUGUCAGAACAUUUGAGAAAGGAGAAAUAAUUGUUUCAAUAGAUGGGAAAUUUCUUCAAAUUUCACCGUUCGCACAGUUCGUGCAUUAUGUUGAGAAUGUAUCCAAAAGUAUUAAUCAAACGAACGAGAUUAAUGUGAAAAAGACAAUAGUUGAUGCUAAUAAUAAAUUAGAAAAAGAAAAGAUGGAUAAGAAAAAAAGAAAUAACAACGAUGAAGACGACGAUGAUGAUGAAGUAGAAAGUACAGUUGCUUCGUUGAUUAGUAUAGAGGAACCUGACGUAUUAGAAUGUUGGGAAGCAGAAACUAUUGAGCCAAUAAGAACUCCAAAGAAAAUAUUACUAAGUCAAGGUAUAUCCUAUGAAGGAGAAGCUGCUGAAGAAGAUAAUUUUCAAGCCGAGGAAGCUAUCAUAGAGCAUGUACAAAAGUAUUACAGAUUCGCACGCGAAAGCGCUACGAGUAUUGAAGAGGAGCCAUUAGAAAGUAAAAUAAAUGCGCUCGAUCUUAAGCCAUUGAAUAAAUCCAAAAUGGUGCCAAAUAGUCCUGUUGAAUUGAUCAAAGGUUAUCAAGAAGAAGAAAUUCCAAUAAUAAUGCCAAAUGAAAAAGACACAAGUAUAGUGGGAAAACUUAAAGUACCCAUCGAUGAAGCUUAUGAAGUAUAUGAAAGUUGCUACAUGGAUAAAUCACAAUCCAUAACUCUUGAUUCAAUUUUUCAACCACGUAAAGCAUUAAAUCGUCAAGAGGGCGAAGGACCCGUACCAUGCAGAGCAGUUUGUUGUAGCAUUCAAUAAUAAUCUUAAAUAACUAACAAACCAACAGUUAUAUAACUUCAUUAUAAAUAUAAUGUCUUGGAAAAAAAAGACAAAGAACGCGAUGAUUGUUCUAAGGCUGCACAUUUCGAUUGUACUCCUAAUGACACUGUACUUUUUCCACAAACAUUACAUAUAUAUAUCAACGUAUAUGUUUACACCAUUGCCUCGAAAAUGAAAGAUCGAAAUUCAUUCAUUAUAUUAUAUAUAUAUAUAUAUAUAUGAACUAUGCGUUAAUAUAUUUUUAUCGUACAACAAAAAUCAUAAUUCUUCAAGAAAUGUUUCGAAUGAAUUACGGGGGAACGAAACAUAUAAAAAAAAAAAAAAAGAAGACUGUUCUUUCUUUUCUGUUUUAGUUCUUUUUUUUGUAAAUAAUUAUAUUUUUAUCAUCUCGUCAUAUUUCACAAAUAUUUCAAUCGAACGUUAUUACCCAUACUGUAUCAAAGCAAAGAAAAAAAAAAGAAAAAGCAUUAAUGUUAUUGUUUUUAACGAAUUAAUGAUUACCACGAUGGGUAGAAGAAACUACUUGGCGCACAUAUUUUUAUUUCUAUGUUGACGAGUAUACAUACAAGUCGCGCAUUUUUGAUGAUCUUGCCAAAAAAAAAACAAGAUUAAUCGAAUAUAUAUCAUCCCGUUAUCUUUACUUAAUGGAUAGAAAUCAUUAAGAAUGACGAAGAAUAAAAAAAAAAAAAAGAAAAGAAAGGAAAUGGAAAAA